AUUCAGUGCAGAAGAAGAAGAAUGGACUCGCGAUAAAAAAAUGGCGACGUCCAUGCGAGCAGCGCACGAGCUGCAAACCAGAACCCGGACCGAUGAUGUACAGAGUAACGGCGGGGUCGAGUUCAGCUCUUUAUUGCUCUCCAAACCUGUGCUCGAGGGGUUAGCCGCCUCUGGCUUUCAAAAACCAUCUCCAAUUCAACUGAAAGCAAUCCCACUGGGAAGAUGUGGGCUAGAUCUCAUUGUUCAAGCUAAAUCUGGCACAGGGAAGACAUGCGUGUUCACUACGAUUGCGUUGGACACCCUAAUACUGCAGAAUACAGUCACACAGGUGCUGGUUUUGGCCCCCACAAGGGAGAUUGCUGUGCAGAUCCAUUCUGUUGUCAUGGCAAUAGGCAGUGCUAUGGAGGGAUUAGAGUGUCAUGUGUUCAUUGGGGGACGGCCUGUCAGUCAAGAUAAACUCCACCUAAAGAAAUGCCACAUUGCUAUCGGCUCACCAGGCCGUAUUAAGCAGCUAAUUGAGAUGGAAGCCCUAAUUACAUCCUCCAUUCGUCUGUUUGUUUUGGAUGAGGCUGAUAAACUGCUAGAGGAUGACAGCAGCAGCAGCUUUCAAGAGCAAAUCAACUGGAUUUUCUCCUCGCUACCCACAAAUAAACAAAUGCUGGCGCUCUCUGCCACCUACCCAGAAUCCUUAGCGCAAUACCUAUCAAGAUACAUGAGAGAGCCUACAUUUGUGCGACUCAACCCAACAGAUCCUGGACUCCUUGGGCUUAAGCAGUACUAUAAGAUAGUGCCCUCUCAUUCAUUGCCUCAUAAAAUCUUUGAGGAGAAGCUUCAGUGUCUUCUUGAACUCUUCAGUAAAAUCCCAUUUAACCAAGCGUUGGUGUUCUCUAAUCUCCAUAGCAGAGCUCAGCACCUUGCUGACAUCCUCUCAUCUAAAGGUCUUCCUGCAGUCUGCAUCUCGGGUGGUUUAAGUCAGGAUCAGAGGUUAGAGGCGAUGUGGAAGCUGAAGCAAUAUCAGUGUCGAGUUUUAAUAUCAACAGAUCUGACGUCACGUGGUAUUGAUGCCGAAAAGGUGAAUUUGGUGAUCAAUCUGGAUGUUCCUCAGGACUGGGAGACGUACAUGCACCGCAUCGGUCGUGCUGGAAGAUUUGGUACUUUGGGGGUUGCCGUGACCUACUGCUGCCAUGGAGAGGAAGAGAAUAAGAUGAUGGCCAUUGCUCAGAAAUGCUCCCUAAAUCUAACUCAUUUACCAGAUCCAAUCCCGCCUGGGAUCAUGGAAGAGACUUGUGACUGGGACGUGAUCAUUGAGCCCCCUUCCAAACCUCCUCAGAAGUUUCCUGCCGCCCCCAAACCAGAGAAAAAGAAACGGGUUAAAUCAGAACCCACAUCAAAUAAAUCUUCAAAGGCAUCUGAAAUCUCACAGGUCAACCAAAGACCAUGUGAUAAACCUUACAGUGGUGCUGAAUCCAAGGCUAAAAGUCCCUCUCCCAGACCUGCAAGGCAAAGACCAUCGUCAUCAAACCUUAAACCUCACUCGACUGCCAUCCAAGCAGAGCAGAGUGAUCCCAUUCCCAAAAUUCCUUCACUGCCGUCCUUUAAAUCACGGGCACGAAGGCUUACGACCUUCAGUGAGGCUGAGGCGGAUUACGAGAGCUUCAUAACAGAAGGUCCGGGACGAUCUGUAGAAAUCAUUCACCAGUAUGAAGGUAGCAUCAGAAGUCAGGACACAUUUAAUGGCCUGCAAAACAGCCAAGAUGACCAUCAUAACGAGGAUAAAACUGAAGCUAAUAAAUCCCAUCUUCAAGAUGUGUCACACUCCCAUCUAGAUCUUCCUCUACAACAGGAAGUUUCAGAGCCAACCUCUGGCUCAAAGACUUCAGACAUUUCUCCAUCAUCUGAUGAUGGUGAUUCUUCUUCCGAGUCCAAGAUGGAGGUAGAGAGUGAAUCAAACUCUUCACUUCCCAGACAACACAAACAUCACACACAUGUUCCUCCAGACAAGGACGUUUCGCAUGUACACAUUCCAGUGGGCAUCAAUGUAAACCAGCGGGAUAAGUCAUCUUUACCUGCAGCCAGAGAACCAAGACAUGGCAGAAACAAACAGUCACACAAUAAUCCUCCUCAAUACAAAGGUCAUCCAGCCUUUAAAUCCAACAAAAAGUCUACGACAACAGGGCAGAGGCGGAAAAAAGAGAAAACUGAUGAUUUGGAGGAGGAAGUUGCAGAGCAGGAGGAUUGGAAUGCAUACAGGGCCUGGGUCGAUUAUUACAAUUCAUAUUACUACCAAUCACAAUUUAACUGGAUGAGAGCGUAUUACACAAAUUCCAUCUAUAUGAUGGAAAUGAUGAAACGUUAAACAGAAACGAAUGACUUUGUCAUGUAUAGAACCUAUCUAUGUAUCCAUUGACAUUCACUGCUGUUAAUGCCUCUAUUAUUGGGGUAUAAAUGUUGUUACUCUGUGCAUAUUUGCCUUUAAUGGGCUUCUUUAAUUGCAAUUCGUUUACAGUGCUUAAGGUUUAAUGAUCUUCACUGUAUUUAGUUCUUUAAUAAAAAUGAGAUUCUAGAGAUGGAGAUUGAAAA